AUGGCUUCGUUUGCUUCCUCGCUCUUGUUCUCAAGAAACAGAGGAGGAAGACGAGGCAGUGUUGCUCUUCGUCGUCUUCUUUUUUCCUCGCUUGAAAGGGGGGAAACGACGACUCCUUUUCCUCGUUGGUCUCAUCGUUCCGCCGAUGAUGCAUCAUCUGCGGAAUCUGUCGUCGCCGCCGGGGUGAUGAGAAAAGAGCCGACGUGUAGUACUACGAAGAGAAACGCGAGGAAUACUGCCAGAAAAAGCAGAUUCUUCAGUUUCGCUCCUUUUUCUUCUUCCGCUUCUUCUUCUUCUUCUGAAACGAACCCCGAGGACGAUGUAAAAACGCGAGAGCACGAGUUCAAAGCGGAAACCAGUCGCUUGUUAGAUAUCGUGACGAACAGUUUGUACCAAGAAAAAGAGGUGUUUUUACGGGAGUUGAUCUCGAACAGCUCGGAUGCUCUGGAGAAACGAAGACACGAGGCGAUUAAAGAUGCGAGUGAAUACGGAUUGAAAGGAGUUCAAGACGACCUAGAGUUUCGGAUUAAGAUAUCCACGCGAGAAGAAGAGGAUGGGAAGGAGUUGAAAUUAAUCGUCGAGGAUAACGGGAUCGGGAUGAGCGAGGAGGAGUUGACGAGAAACCUAGGGACGAUCGCGAAGAGCGGAUCGAAGGAGUUUUUGGAGAAUUUGAGCGGUGGAAAAGGAGGUAAAGAUGCGGCGAGUAACAUCAUCGGGAAGUUCGGGGUUGGUUUUUACUCCGCGUUUAUGGUUGGGAAGAAAGUUGAAGUUCACACGUCCAACGGGAAGGAGAGUUUCGUGUGGGCGUCGGAAGGUACCGGGAAGUUCACCGUCAGUAAAUCGAACGAGGCGCCAAAGCCGAGAGGGACAAAAAUUGUCAUUCACAUGAAGGAGGACUGCAAGACGAUCGCGUCGCAAUGGGCGAUAGAGGAGACGUUGAAGAAAUACAGCGCGUUCGUUUCGUUUCCUAUUUAUAUUAACGAGAACAAAUAUAACGAGAUUGGCGCGCUUUGGAUGAAGAAACAUUCCGAGGUAUCGGACGAGCAAGCGACGGCGUUUUAUAGGUACGUUUCCGGAGCAACGGAUUCCCCGACAUUUCGAAUGCAUUUUGAAGCGGACGCGCCUUUAACAAUUCGAUCUUUAAUUUUCUUUCCGGAAACAAAUCCCGAACGAGGGAUAGGUAUGCACGCUAAAGUGGAUUCCGGCAUCGCGUUGUAUUCGCGAAGGGUGUUGAUUCAAAAAAACGCGCACGGAUUACUACCUCCGUUUUUGCGAUUCUUGCGAGGCGUGGUGGAUUGCGAGGACAUUCCUUUAAACAUCUCUCGAGAGACGUUGCAAGACUCGCAGGUGCUGCGUAAACUCGGCGAGGUGGUCACGAAAAGAGCGUUGAAACACCUAAAAGACGUCGCAAAGAAAGAUCCUAAAGCGUACGAUAAAUGGUUCAAAGAGUGCGGAUUUUUCUUAAAAGAGGGCGCGUGCACGGAACCGAACCACACGCAACAAAUAGCCGAGUUAUUGCGCUUUGAAUCGAGCGAAACGAAGAACGCACCAGUAGAAGGAGAAGAAGAACAACAUCAACAAAAAGAGGACAGUGAAGAGGGGAUGACGGACAACGCUAAUGCAGUGACUUCGUUCGAGAAGUACAUCGAACGCAUGAAACCAGAUCAGAAACAUAUUUAUUACUUAGUAGCGCCGUCGAGAGCGCAAGCAGAUUCCUCGCCGUAUUUAGAGGCGUGUAAAGCGAAAGGAUACGAAGUUUUGUACCUCUACGCGCACGUGGAUGAAUUCGUCAUGCAACAUUUGGGCAACGUGAAAGGUAAAUUUAUCGUCAGCGUGGAAGCUGAAAACGCCGACGUGUCUCUCGACGACAGCGAUGCGAAUGAUACCACUACAAUCAGUGAAGACGACAAGAAAGACUUACUUAAAUGGUUCAGCGACGUCCUCCAAUUCCAACUGAAAGAAGUCACCGCCUCCAACCGAUUAGUCUCCUCCCCGGCUUUACUCUCCGGCCACGAACCGGAAGCCAUGCGACGCUACCGCGCGAUGGCCAGCAUGGCCAGCGACAGUGCCGUCAACGCACGCUUAACCGCGCUGACCGAUAAAAUAACCACCACUUUAGAAGUGAACUGCAAACAUCCUCUCUUACUUUCCAUCAACGCGGCGAGGAAAUCCUCCGAUUCAAAAGUACAAAAAGUCGCCAAAGACAUCGCGUUUCAAAUCUACGACAACGCUCGCGUCGCCGCCGGGACGAUGGACGAUCCGCGGGAGAUGUUGGGCAGAUUAAAUGAAAUCUUACUGUACGCAGUCGAAAGCGUCGAUGGUGACGAGAGAAGAAAAUCAUGA